AUGCGGGCGCGGAACGACGAGUUGGAGACGGGCGAGGCCGUCGAGCUCGAGCGCCAGCUGUCGGCGGCGGCGGACGCCAAGGCCCGCGCGACGCCGGAGACGCCGCUCGGCGCCAAGCACUCGGUUUUCAGCGACAGCGACGCGGAUCUCACGCCCGUGACCACGCCGGGGGGCGGCGUCGACUGGCAAUGGUCGACGGUCUGGGAGGAGGCCUUCGAGAGCGCGGAGGCGGCGAACGACGACUUCGAGCUGCAGCACGCGACGGCGCUGAGCCUGCUGGAGGCGCACGAGCGCGGCGCGCUGCCCGACAAGGACCGGCCAUUCGUCGGCUGGGCCCAGGCCUUGGUGGCCGUCGCGAGCGAGAUGAACGGCCUGCAUUGGGCGCAGGAGCCUCGGGGCGCGCGGCGCCUCCACAGCGACCUCGUGCGCCAGCGCUUCGCCGUCGAGCUCCGCGUCGCGCAGGAGACCGCCUUCGAGGACAGCGCCGCGCGUGCCGAGGCCGCGCAAAGCGCCGCUGUCGGCGGCGACGACGAGCGUUCCGCGUGCGUUGCCGCGGCCCUGGCGCGCUGCGAGACCCUGCGGGGCGCCGUCGCCGUCGCGCGGGGUCGCUGCGUGCGGAACGGCGCGGUCCGCGACGCGAACCUCGAGCUCGGCUACCUCACGAUCCGUGGGCUCCUCCACCGCCGCGAGGACCUCCCGAGCCACGCGACCGAGAUCUACGACGCCCUCACGAGCCGGGCCGAGGCCGAGGCCGAGGCCCACCGCCGCGGCGACGCCGCCGGCCCCGACGGCGACGGCGACGGCGACAUCGGCGACAUCGGCAGGGGCCGCCGCGGCGCCCGCGGCGCGGCGCCGUCGGCCAUCGCCGCGGACCUCGUCGCCUGGUGCGCCCUCGAGGCGGAGCUCGGCACGGUCCAGAAGCGCCUGCACGGCAUGCUCGGGGACGACGGCGCCUCGGACCAGGCCAAGGCGGCCGCGGUCUGGAAGCUCGCCGCGAGGCGCGGCGCCGACGACAAGGCGGCCGAGGACGAGGGGCCCAAGGACGGGGCCUACGACGCCGGCGGCGGCGCGGUUUCGUCGGACGGCGACGUCCUCUGGCACGAGUUCCUGGACCUCGACACGAACUAUUGCUACUACGUCAACACGGCUACCGGCGAGAGCCAGUGGAACCCGCCCGACGAAUUCUUGCCGCUCGACGAGUCCGUCGAGGUCGCCGCGGGCCUCGCCGAGGAGCAGGCGGCGGCCUACCACGCCGAGGCCGCGCAUGCGGCCUACAAGGAGGAGCUCCCCACAUCGGAGUACUGGGACGAGCCAAAGGCGGCCAAGGACCCGCCGCGCGCGCCCGAAGCGGACGCGGCGCCCGCGGAGGCCAAGGCCGAGGCCAAGGACGACGGGCCGACCUUCAAG